CGUUUCCCUCCCAAAAAACCGCGCACCAGACUGCUAAAACGGCGAAAGGGCCACAUCGCCCAGCAGGAACAGUAAACGACGCCAGAUGAGCACAAUAAACGACAGGAAAAAUCAGGGGUGAGUGAACUGCUGAACUGCCCCCAAGACAAAAUUGGGAGUGUGGGUUUCGCUGCUUCCGCCCCUCUUCUGCUCUCGAAAGAAGGGAAGAGAGGGCUAGCUAGAGGAGGGACAAAGAAAAAUGGCGGAAGACGAGAGCUCGAAGAAGCGAAGGCUGGACAUCAAUUGGGAAUAAUUUAAUCGCCAGACCGACGAUAUGGAUUUGAUGCCGGAAGUCGUCCGGCCGAAGAGGGGCAGUCACACUGAUGAUCAGAACCCCCGCCAACAGUGCGCCCCCUCGCUGACGAUGGCCUCUGAAGACGGUGAUCACGGGUGCACCUUGAGGGCGGAGUGCGCUAAGCUGCCUGACGGGAAGCUGGAGGAGGCGAUUGCGAGUCAGAGGAGGACUCUGGCGAAUGUCGGUAGUAAAUUGCCAGACGGAGGGCGGAAACUCCUGUCUUCCAUUGCAAUCUAUGAAGAGGAGCGAGAGAGGAGAAAAUCGGCCAAGGCAGCUAUGGCUGUUGGUGAAUCUAAGCAAUUCAUACAGUCGGCAAAUACAAGUACAAAUGGUGCUCCAGGUGGCAGUAAAGAGAUGGCAUCUUCUGAAAUUCAUUCACAAUCGCGUUCUGGCUCUCUUUUCAGUAAAAAGAUGGAAGAUAAUAUCAUAAGGCUGCCAAGGCAUUUGAUAGAGAACUAUCUACUCUGCGUCCUUGCAGCCCUCCGAAAGGGAAACUCAAUGAGGGUUUGUCACAAAAUGGAAGGCGGAAAAAUGGAUCAUCAAAAAGAUGAGGUUCUCAAUCUUCUGUUGUUUGGAAGGACAAGGGAAUUUCCUCUGAUUCAUUCUACUCUAAAGGGCAAAGUGCAUCUAGACAUUUUUCUAAUGGUGCUUUUGGUAGAAAAGAGGAAUCUCCAGUCUCGCCUUUAUAUAGUCUCAGACCUAGAAAGGCAAAGGGAGACUGUGGUUCUUUUGGAUGAUGAUGAUGAUGAGGUUCUGGAGACACUAGAUUGUGCAAAUGAAACACGUGAUGAAUGCCUGAAAGAUGCUAAAAUCUACUACCCGUCUAGGGAUGAUCCAGAAUGUGUUGAAAUCUGUUUCCAGGAUAUAGACUGUCUGGCUCCUGAAAGCUUCUUGACAUCACCUAUCAUGAACUUUUACAUACGGUACCUAGAGAUGCAGGCUUCUCCAUCACAAAAGGCUACUUGUGAUUAUCACAUAUUUAAUACAUUCUUCUACAACAAGCUUAAACAGCAGUUGUCACGAAAUGGAGGUGAAAAGGAAUCCCUCUUUGUCAAGUUUAGAAGAUGGUGGAAGGGUGUGAACUUAUUUGACAAGGCAUACAUACUGAUUCCUAUACACGAAGAUCUACACUGGAGCUUGGUGAUCAUCUGUUUCCCAGAGAAGAAGGACAACAGAUCAGGACCAAUGUUGCUUCAUUUGGACUCAUUAAAGCUCCACUAUAGCAGAGUUGUUUUGGAGGAUAUAACUAGCUUUUUGAGAGAAGAAUGGCAAUAUUUACAUCAAGAAGUUGCUCGUCAGUUAGAUGUUGAGAUCUCUGACAAAAUAUGGAAGCGUCUUCAUGACAUUUCUUCAAGAAGAAUCGAGGUUCCACAACAGAAAAAUGAUUAUGAUUGCGGUAUCUUUGUACUUUACUUCAUGGAGCGCUUCAUUGACGAAGCCCCGGAGAGGCUGAAAGAAGUGGAUCUGGACAUGUUCGGCAAGCAAUGGUUCAAACCUGAAGAGGCAUCUCGCUUGAGAAAGAAAAUAAGAGAUUUGCUCAAGACCGAGUUUCGUAAAUUAAGAAAGCGCGGCAUUGCUUGCGAAUCAUUGGCUAUCCCUUCCGGAGGAUCAACUUCAGCAGAAAACAGUAAUUCAACUGAGUCGUCCUGACUUUGUACAGCUCAGAUUCAGGAUAAAGAAGCACAACAAUGAGUUACCUAUGUUCAUCCCGAGAAAGAGGAGAGGAAAAUUGUGGAUACCCAUUUUCUCUUGGGGUUGAAAUAACAAUAGGUAGAGUAAGAUCGAGUUCUGAAGCCCCUCUUCUCUUUUUCUCCUUUUUGCGGGUUUUGGCUUCCACCAUCAAAGACAAAGUGUACAGAUAUAGGGGAAGUACAGCAGUUGCGGGAAUUUUGGCACAUAAAGACAGAGUAGUGUCCACCAUUCUUAGCAGUUCAAAAGACUGCUGCACCUCUCUGGAUGAUUAUCUUUUCAUACAUGAAGUACCGUAGCCCUCCAUUUUUGCAAUUCAUUUCUAGAGACAGAAGCAGUGUGGAGGGAGGAAAGGUGAAGGGUUGUUUUCUGUUUUCGUAAUGGUGAGCAGGUCAAUG